GUUGGUAGCCAGCUCACAGUCUUCAUCAUCUGCAAACUCCACCGGUUUUUUUAUAGAUCCUGCAUUAGUUAAGUCAGUGUCUGAACUGCUUGCAAUUUCUAAGAGGUCCCGAUGUUGGAUCUUUGGUAAAAUCACAAAUAUUCUCAAUCGAAGAGCUUGGUCCUAUCAAGGGUGUGUAAAAGAGUCUUGCUCUAAAAAGGCCUCUGCUCACGGCGACAAGUUUAAGUGCUCUAAAUGCAAUGAGGUGUUCGACCAGGGAAUACACCGAUAUAAAAUUACUGUUAUCGUGAAGGAUUCUUCGGGCUCUGUUACGUUAUGUCUGUGGGAUCACGAGUGUCGUCAGUUGUUGCACAAAACUGCGGGCCAACUCAGAGAACAACUGAAUCUGAGUGGCAUUCAUGAGACAGCGACGUCAAAAGAAAUUGACGAUUUAGUGGGUCUACAUCUUUUGUUUAGGGUUGAUAUAAGCGAGGAAGAUUUUAAAAAAAGUGACAAAGUUUUUUCCGUGAGGUGCCUCACACAAAAUGAUGAUCUUAUGAACCAAUUUCUGGCAAAAACAAAUGAUGAACAACAAGUGGAUCUGGAAUCUGAUGACGAUUUGGAAAUUUUUUUCAGUCAGCCAGGAGUAACAUCAUCAAACAAUAUUGAUGAUGCUACGACUACUACCCCAAUGUCAAAGCGGUCUUUGUUAGAUUAUGAGGAAGGACAUGAUGGAGGAUCUUCUACUCAAAACUCCACUAGCAAACUGCAGAAAACUAUCAAGGUUGAAAAACCUUAAGGUUUUGGAGAUGGUGUUUGAGGUGGCCAAAAAAUGAAGAAUUAUCUUUGCUCUUUAAUUUCAUGUCAUUUUUAGUGGAUGAGUAUUUACUGCAUACAUGUUAGUUUUUCAAGAG